GAACGUAUAACUUUACACGUCGUGUUUUUAUUUUUAGUUUUCCUAAUUUUUAAUUAAAUUUUCUGCAAUUUUUCCAUAAUUAUUUUAUACAAUUAUUACAUUUAAUUCUUUUAUUAUGAAAUCAGUUCUUAAUUUCUAUAGUUUGCAUAAUAUUUUUUAAGAAAUAAACAAAAGACGCCUACACUUCCCAAAAAACAGUAUGCUGUAAUUUAGUUUUUUUUUGGGAGUUCAAACUAUAAAUAAAAUAUUUGCAUUUUUUUCUGCAAAAUUUCUGGGAUUGUAUAUUAUUUUACAAGUGAUUAGUAUUAUAAUGGACGUCAAAACUGCAACAGAGGCGAGUAAAAUGUUAGAGGCUGCUCUACAACAAAUGGAUGGUAUUAUUUCUAGUGCUUCUGUAAAUAGCCUGAAUAAGCAGUGUGCAGGAGUGUCUUCUCUUCCUCAUACAAAACAAAUUCAAAACCUGUCAAGCGUAUCAAUUAACACUGUAAACGGAAGUGCUAAUGUUUUAAAUGAACGAAGUAUUAUAUCAGCGGAAAAUGUGUUAUCAACAGCUAAAACUUUGGCUUUGGCAUUGCAACAGGUUGGUUUAACUGCCCCAGCUCCAGAUCCAGUUACCGCUGUCAUUAUAAGUGAUUGGUUAGAGUGUCAUAUACCUCGACAAGAUUCUGACGAACGAUUGCGUAGAUUGCAACGGGAUAAAGAGUCACUAUCUCUUCAAUAUCAAAUGGUAGCUGAUAAAGUAUGUGAACAAGCAGAUAAAAUUUUAGACCUGGAACGUUUAUUGUCUGAAAAAUCCCAACAACUUAGUGCUAAAGACGAACUUUUACAAAGGCAAUUAUGCACACGUUCGGAAUUGGAGACACAAAAACUUGAACUCAUGUCUGCAUUGAGUGAGUUGAAGUUACAUAGGGCGGCCUUAGAAAAAGAAAAUUUGGAAUUAAAAAAUUUGGAAAAUUUAAAUAUUUCUAAAGAACAAGUAAAGCAAUUUAACGCUCCUUUUGGGAGUAUGGGUAACUUGACUCAGUUGAAUUACUCAAACAUGAGUGGACAAUCUCCAAAGACACCUCCAACUUCCUUGAGGCAUCAAAUACAUCCUUUGUAUCACAGCCUACCACGAUCACAAUGUCAUAAGAAUGGAAACAAACCUAAAUUGCCCUUAAAUCCAAAUCACAAUAAUAACAAUAGAUUGUUAAACAAAAAUGGCAGCAUUAGUAAACAACGUAAUGUUGCUUUUGCUUCGAACGAAAAAAUACUUAUUGAGGACAACUCUAUUCAGAUUGAUACUUCAGACUUAAUGUUUAAUAGUUACACAAGUAAUUCAAAUGCUAAUUCAACACCUUCUCCAACUUUGAAGGAGCGGUCAGCUAAAAGUUUAAGGAAUAUUUUUGGUAAAUUAAGACGUAGUAAUAGUGGCAAUUUAGAAUUUCCUGCUCUCGAACAAGCUGAUCCUGAGUUUCGUCGCGGUGAUCGAGCAAGAGCAACUGCUGGUGGCCGUAUAGAAUGGGGUACACAAUCAAUGCAAUUUUCGAUAAAUUCAAAUAAAAAUUGGUCAGAAUGGUCAGAACAAGAAAUCGGUAAUUGGCUGAACGUAAUAGGUUUGGCAUGUUAUGAAGAAGAUUGCAGAAAAUGGUUAAAGAACAAACCUUCUGUUUGUUUUUUUACUGCCUCACCUGUGGACAUUGAAAAAGAAUUAUGCUUAAAAUCUCCUCUACAUCGUAAAAAAAUUGAACUUGCUAUUGAUGAACUUACAUGCAAGGAAACUGAUCCUUUAUCUUUGAAAGCUGCACACUUAGACGUCGGUUGGGUUAUGCGAUGGCUAGAUGAUAUUGGCUUACCACAGUAUAAAGAUUCAUUUUUGCAAGCCAAAAUUGAUGGACGAAUGUUGCAUCAUUUAACAAUGGAGGAUUUGGUACAGUUGCACGUUACUUCAUGUCUUCACAUAUCAUCCCUUAGAAGAGCUAUACAAUGUAUGCGUGAAACUGAAUGGAAUCCUGAUUGUUUAAUUAGGCGAUCAACAAAAAUAACAAAACGAAAUAGUUCGGAGUUAAAUGAAAAUGCAAGUAAUGUUGAGGAACAUGAUACCAGUCUAGAAUUUAUAGCAUUAUGGACAGCACAUCGUGUCAUGGAAUGGUUGCGAGUUGCCGAUUUAUCAGAGUAUGCGCCAAAUCUAAGAGGAGCAGGUGUUCAUGGCGCUUUAAUGUUGUAUGAACCCCGAUUUAAUGCGGAUUUGUUGGCAGACCUAUUGAGUAUACCGCCAAGUAAGACAUUAUUGCGCAGGCAUUUGUUUACCCAUUUUAAAGAUCUUUUAGGUCGAGAUGUUAUACAUGCAAAACGAGAUGCCGAGGCACAAUUGGAUUACCAACCAUUAACAAUUACUGCAAAAAUAAGGCCACCUAAGAAGACUCAAUUUUCUUUAAAACGAAGAAAAUCUACGAAAGGUCUUCAGUGUGGUACAACCGAAAUUAAAUGGACUGACUACGUUUGUCCGAUGAAUACACCAGCAUGUACAUCUAUCGAUACACAUGCCAAUUCGACAACGUCGUCUUCGACAACAUCUACAAAUAAUUCAGAACAAACGCAAUAAAAAUAUGUAUAUUAAAAUGUUUUUACAUAGUGUGUAUAUUUCACAUUACUUAUAAAAAAAGUCAGCUCAAAAUUUAUACAUUUUCAGCAUAUGCUUACAUACUUGUACAUAUGUCUAAAAAAAGCGGUCAGUUUAGUUUAACACGAGCAAACUACAAACUUAAAACAUAAUUUAUAGUUGUAUAAAGUGCAUUUGCGAACGUGUAAAGAAUAUAAUAAUAAAAAUACUACAAUUCUGAGUAUGACCCUUUUGUAAUAUGUAUGCGAACCAUUGCUACCCAGUUUUUUUCAUUUAACUAUUAAUUUCGUUUUCUGUUUUUAAUAUGAAAACAGUAAGAUUAAGUUGUUUAAUAAGAAAUUAUUAUUUUUUUUAGUAUGAAAAACUCUUGACUUUAUUAUCUAUAUAAAUUAGCUUUUAAAAAAUAUAUUUCAACAACCACAACAACCACAUUAAGCAAACCUUAUUUAAAUCAUUAAAUUCAUUAUAUUAACGCAAAAUUGGUAAUCUUAAUACAUUAAUGUGUUCAAAAAUCUUAGCUGAAUUAUUAAUUUUAGUAAAUUUUUGCUCAAGAGAACAAUAAGCCCAAACCAAAUCGAUAGUAUUGCAAAGCAUUACUACAAAAACAAAUGUUAUUAAAAAGUAUAAAGUUUUAUUACGAAUAAUAUAAUUAAUAAAAACAUGUAUACCUUAUCUAUUUAUCUUUAUAUCAAUAUUAUUAAAAAAUACUCAAUAUGUCAAAUGAGUAUGAUUUUUUAAAAAUAAUAUGUAUUUACUAAUUUCCUUGCAUUUUUUAAUAUAUGUAAAUAAGUAACUUUCAGUUUUAAAAUUAGAUCCUAAUGAAAUAAUAAUUUUUAUUAUGAUGCCUUAUAUUAUUAUUUAAUCAACCGAUAAAAUUAUCAUUUUAACAAAUAUACAUAUUAUGCACACUUUA